AUGCUGAAUCGCCAAUCUGAUCUUGGCCAAUUCGAAGGUUUAAACCUCAAAACUCCAAAAGCAGAGAGAGAUUUGUCGACCUCGAUCGUGAACGACUUCGGCGAUGGCACCUACACGGUGGCGUUCGACGAGGACAAAAUCUACACGACGGUGACGGACUCCGGCGAGGAGGUCGAGGAGUGGCUGGACGAGAUCGUCCGCAUCCACCACCGCCGCCUCGACCACCUCAUCGUCGGGCUCGACGUCGAGUGGAACCCAGCAAGCGGCUUUUGCGCUCUGGGCCCCGUCGCCGUGCUCCAGAUCUGCGUCGGCCGCCGCUGCCUCGUCUUCCAGAUCAUCCACGCCGACUACGUCCCGGACCAGCUGGGCGACUUCCUCGGCGACGGCCGCUUCACCUUCGUCGGCGUCGGGAUCCACGACGACGUGGACAAGCUGAGGGAGCAUUACGACCUGGAGGUGGAGAACGCGGUGGACCUGCGCUACCUCGCCGCGCAGACGAUCGGGAAGCCGGCGCUGCGGAGCACCGGGCUGCAGGGGUUGGUGUGGGAGGUGAUGGACGUGUGGAUGGAGAAGCCGCACCACGUGCGGGUGAGCGCCUGGGACUCAAGGCAGCUGACGCUGGACCAGGUGAUGUACGCGUGCGCCGACGCCUUCGCCUCGUUCGAGGUCGGCCGGAGUCUGUACGACGACUACGAGUAGCGCCGCCGCCGUUGCCUGCCGGUGCCAUGCAUCAUGCAUGCCACCUGCCAACAAUAUUACUGCUAGUCGUGUCCUUUACCUUAGAUUCUUCAAGAAGUCGUGUCGUUU